GAGGCGAGGACAGUGGGUGCUGACCUGUCUCCACUCUCCUCUCUGUUUAGGGGAGGCGUCUCCUCUCCCUUCUCUUCUCCGCUCUCCUCUCCUCCCGUCCUGUCUGUCCCCUCCCCUCUUUUCCCUUCCCAUCCUAACUGCCACCCUCCUCCUCCUCCUCCUCCACCCUCAGGCAGGAGAAGCCCGUGUUUGGUUCUCGGAGAGUCAGUCCUUUGGGAAGGAGUCACGAAGCGUUUUCCUCAGAGAGGCAGAGAGAGAGCGAGAGAGUGCGAGAGAGGAGUGUGCAGUGUGGAGAGCUCGGGACUCACCCGCAGGACGCAGCGCUGCUCUGGACCUCAGCACACGUCCCACGGACCACAGGAGGACGAGAGGAGAACGCAAAAGCGUCAAGAAGUGUCAGCACAUAAUGAUGACAUCUCAUCUGAGCGCCAGUUGAUUUCUCCGCUGUCUUUUUUGUUCCAGCUUCUCCAAAGUGCGGCUCCCCGAGCGCAAGCCGGAGUGACUUUUUUUUUACGCACCUUUCCACGCCGCGUCCAUCUGGUGAUUUACACACGUGUUUUUAAGUGACUGGUUCAUAGGAUCCUACCAUUCGGAUGUGAUCCCGCUCUCAUGUUUUAACCGCAACUUCCUCCUUAUGCAGGACUAAAGGAAUAAAGAGUUGGUUUUGUGGCGAAGCAGCAGCAGCAGAAGGAGCAGAGCGCGCACCUUUACAAAGCCCCGCGUGAAUCAGGAGGACAAGUGCACAGCGCAGCGGGAGACACGGACUAAAACCGGCACCAACACUGAGCUUCGGAGGUUUGUUCAUGUUCGGGAUCCAGGAGAGCAUCCAGCGAAGCGGCAGCAGCCUGAAGGAGGAGCCGCUGGGAGGCAUGAACGUCCGGGGAUGGAUGCAGGGGGGCGGCGUGCUGGACGCCAACACAGCCGCCCAAAGUGGAGUGGGUCUGGCCCGGGCUCACUUUGAGAAGCAGCCGCCCUCCAACCUGCGGAAGUCCAACUUCUUCCACUUCGUCCUGGCGCUGUAUGACCGUCAGGGUCAGCCUGUGGAGAUCGAGAGGACCAACUUCGUGGACUUCAUCGAGAAGGAGAAGAUGAGCGGAGAGAAAACCAAUAACGGGAUUCAUUACCGGCUGCAGCUGCUUUACAGUAACGGCAUCAGAACAGAGCAGGACUUAUAUGUUCGACUCAUCGACUCCAUGACUAAACAGCCAAUUGUUUAUGAAGGCCAAGACAAGAACCCAGAGAUGUGCAGAGUGCUGCUGACACACGAGAUCAUGUGCAGUCGGUGCUGUGACAAGAAGAGCUGUGGAAACCGUAAUGAGACACCCUCAGACCCUGUUAUCAUUGACAGAUUCUUCCUCAAGUUUUUCCUGAAGUGCAACCAGAACUGUUUAAAGAAUGCGGGGAACCCACGGGACAUGAGGAGGUUCCAGGUGGUGGUCUCGACUACGGUGAGCGUGGAGGGACAUGUCCUGUCAGUGUCCGACAACAUGUUUGUCCACAACAACUCCAAACAUGGCCGACGGGCCCGCAGGCUCGACCCCGUGGAAGGAACGCCGUCUUACCUAGAACACGCAGCUCCAUGUAUCAAAGCCAUCAGUCCUAGUGAGGGGUGGACUACAGGGGGCGCUACAGUCAUCAUCAUCGGAGACAACUUCUUUGACGGUCUCCAAGUCAUUUUCGGUACCAUGCUGGUUUGGAGCGAGUUAAUCACGCCGCACGCCAUCCGGGUGCAGACGCCCCCCAGACACAUUCCUGGUGUCGUGGAGGUCACUCUGUCUUACAAGUCUAAACAGUUCUGCAAGGGCACACCAGGAAGGUUCAUAUACACAGCACUGAAUGAGCCGACCAUUGACUACGGUUUCCAGAGGCUUCAGAAAGUCAUCCCUCGACACCCGGGAGACCCAGAGAGGCUGCCAAAGGAGGUUAUUUUGAAGAGAGCAGCUGACCUGGUAGAAGCCCUUUAUGGUUUGCCCCAUAAUAACCAGGAGAUCAUCCUGAAGCGCGCGGCGGACAUUGCCGAGGCUCUUUACAGCGUUCCAAGAGGACACACCCAGCUUUCCGGCUCCACCCACGGUGGCAUGAUGGGAGUCAACUCGUUCACCGGGCAGCUUUCAGUCAAUGUCUCCGAAACUUCACAGGCCAAUCAGGGUUUCGUGCGCAGCAGCAGUAGCGUGUCCCCUCACGGUUAUGUGCCUAGCUCCACGCCUCAGCAGACCAGUUACACCUCAGUCACCAGCACCAUGAACGGCUACGCUAACAACGGAGGCAUGACCAACCUGGGAGGCUCGCCCACGUUCCUCAACGGCUCCGCCGCCAACUCGCCUUAUGCCAUUGUCCCGUCCAGUCCCACUAUGGCCUCCUCCACCUCCCUCCCGUCCAAUUGCUCCUCCUCCUCUGGCGUCUUCUCCUUCUCUCCGGCCAACAUGGUGUCGGCGGCCGUGAAGCAGAAGUCCGCCUUCGCUCCGGUGGUCAGGCCCUCCUCCUCCCCUCCGCCCUCCUGUACCAGCGCCAACGGGAACGGACUCCAAGAUCAGACAUUUGUGGACUCUAGCAAGUACUCAACAGCCAGCUCUCUACAAGGCCUGGCAUUCACCUGAACAAUCCCUGGAAUGAUUGUCCCACCCAUGUAAAGGUGUGAGUACAUGACUGUGUGUGUGUGCGUGCGUGUGUGUGUGUGUGUGUGUGUGUAAGUGUGUGCAACUGCGUGAGACAUGAACCAAGCACACUCGCACCGAUCCCGGCAGUGGACGUCGGUGGGAGUCAGACUCCGGUCGGGGAUGGACACAGCUGUCCCUAUCUGAAGGAACAAACUCAACUCAGGCCCUUUCUAACACAAAAAAAAACAAACAAAAAAAAAAAAAACAACUGCAAGAAAAACAAAUGUUUGCGAGGAAAUACGUUGUUUAGACUUUGUACACCUUGAUGCUUUUAUAGGAGAAUGGCCACGCCUAUAACACAACUCUCCACGGACACUGGAAGUGUAUUUAUUUUGGACAGAAUCCACUUCCUCCCUUGAGUGAUUGUCAAUUUGUUUUGUUUUUUUUCUUCUUUUGUGCAACAGUUAUCGUGUGAUAAUCAUCUUCUAAGUGUAUAUCCUACAUGAGGGAUUCUUUUUUUUCUAUUUAUGAAGUUUGCUCGUCAAUGAAGGGAAUAUAAUGUGAAGAAAACCUGGUGAUGAUGAUGAUGACGUUGAAGAGGCUGCAGGAAUCCCGCGGGCUCAAAGACGAGCCAAACCACGCGCACUCUCUCACUUCUUUUCGCCGAGUCCGUCCUCGGCGGCGCAGACACUCAGUACGUUUCCAUGCAGCGCUAAACUGAGCUACACUUGUGACUCAACUUCACCGUCUAAUUGGACGACUGUCCUUGUCCCUGUGUAAACACACUCGCGGGGAAUUGAUUUAUUGAAUGAAAUGUGUCCGACUCCACUACGCUGGGUGGCGAUAUGCACCUCCCCGGCUUGUUAGUGUAAGCUGAAGCUGAUGUCAACCACCGCUCUCACCAUCCGUGACCUUUAAUAUUCAAUAAACGUGGUCUCCUCUUCAGUCCAAACGAUGUACUGGCCCAGAUCUUGGCAUGUUUCCAUCCUCGAAACGGGAAUCGGUUUACUGAAUGAAGGCUGUCCACCAGGGGUCCCCCUUUAAAAGCUGAUAGAGCAUAAAAUCGGUCUUUGUUUAAGUCCUGAAUUUAGCCAUGUUUUUGGUACCUCUUGUCGUCUGUGUACUGUUUGUUGUUUCUAACCUCUGGUAUGAGCAGGUCGUUGGAACUGUGCCAAGGCGAGCUAUAGUCCGACUGAAUGUAUACAUGCUAGCACCACUCCCAGCUGCGUUAUCUGAGUGUGUCAGUCCCACUUUGAGAAAGUACAGUUAUAGUCAGACUAAAGGCCCGUUUAUACUCCAUUUUAAGUCCGUCCAUCUAAAGCGUUAUCUCCGUCUAUACCUACAUACCUUUGUGCAUCUUUUGCGUUGGUAUGGACAUUUGCAAAAUACUUCCUCUAGAGGGGAGUGUCGAGUUCCAAGUUGCAGGCAUCAACAAAGGGGUUAUUGUCACUCUGUGUUUUCUGGCUGCAGGUUUUACAGUUGUUUCACUGCACCUUUAGGUUGCUUCUUCAUCCAUUUCCCUGGCUGAUUAGACUAUUGACUGUCCCCAGGAUUUCUGGUGGUAUUGCGCCAUUUUGUCCUUCAUCGUCAUCAUCAAUGAUGAACGAAAUCCAGUACGGAUGAAAGACUCCGUCUGCCUCCGUCUUUUGCAUAGAGUAUAAAUGGGCCUUGAUGUGUGGCCUACAUGUAUUUUAAAAGUCCAGUUUUAGUCAGACUAACACAAUAAUUAGUUUUCUUUUAUGUCAUGUAAACUUAGGGACUGUUGCCGUCUUGUGUGUAUCAGCUUCUCCUUGUGUCGGAUCCAGAUCCUGCACCUAGUGCAGUUUGGGUCCUAUAGAAUGUACACAUUCAGUAACAGUUCGACUCCCAGUCACAUUAUCUAGGUGUGUUAGGACCUAAAAACCUAAAAAAAAAAAAGGGAAAUUUGUUUUUUAAAAGUUGAGUUUUUAGUCCCACAUGUAAACGUACUGAGUGAAAGUUCUUCUUCUGCGCUCUGAGUGGAUUAUGGAAUGGAUCAGGUGCUUCCUGUCGGCGACUGACGCUGCAGUUGCUUUGUUUACUUUCACACCGUCGCUCCUGCGCCCCAACACUUACUGAAAAGUGCGAAAUGUAGUCACUCGUGAAACCAAGGAGAGUCCAGGACAGAUCUGAUGUCAACUAACUGUGACAGAAAAGGCCAUAGGUUUAUGAAGCUCCUCCCCCCCACUGGACGCCAACAGCAGCUUCAGGAUUUGACCCAGCAACUCUGCCAACACGUCUGUUACCAUGUAAUCUGAUUAAACGUUGGACAUUGCCACAGCACAUUUGUCUAAAAAAAACAAAAGUAGAUAAUGUCUUAAAGACUGCUGCCAUUUUGACCUUGAUUUUGUUGUGAGAAUAUACAUUUUACACUUUAAAAAAAAAAAAACAUAACUUCCACUUUUAGUUUGCAGUGCUUUUUAUUUGUGUGUGUGUGUGUGUGUGUGUGAUUAGCCAGCCAAUUAAACAAUUUAAGUGAGAAAACUAGCCAAUGGUGUGUGUUAAAUUCUGUGCUGCAAGAAAUGUCAAUGAAUGCAAUCGUGAAAUGAGAAAAGAAUCUGACAUUUAGGAAAAUACCUUGAACCAGUUUUAUUUUUGCAGUGCAGCUGCAUUUGCAUCACAUUUCUGCAAAGCUUUACUUAUUUCCAACUUGGCAGCAGCAUGUCUUAAAUCUGCAGUGAAAGGGAAACUCCCUGAUGGUUUGUUGUGAACGUCACUGCUCCCUCACACCUGCAGUCUGAGCUUACAGCUUAGUUUGUGUGAUUCACGAGUCUUAAUUCAUUCAAUUCAUGUUUUGUUUUUUGUUUUUAUUUGAUUUUGCUCAUGUCAUGAUUUUGAGAUGUUUAAAAGUCUUAAGCCACAGUUUCACAGCUGCUCCGUCACGUCUUAUCUCGUCUUAUCAGAGGCAGUGGGCCAAUAAUGCUUUUUUACCAUGUCGGUGCUGUAAAAGCAUAAGCUUUGGGUUUUAAUGACACAAAUAGAAACUAUGAAAGUAAUCUUGGACGUUUGUGUGCCGGACAGAAGACCUAACUAGACUUAACUAAUGUUUGAAUGUUAUUGAAGAGAAAUGAAUGUGAACAAAACCAGAAAUAACCCUGAGAAACUCACGUCUUCAGAUUAUGUUCUCAUCUGCUUUUGUCUCUCAUGUCUAAGGAUGUGAAUGUCAUUUGUUUUUGUAAUAUAGUGUCUGUUUUUUUUGUUUUUUUUUAAAAGCCAUACUUCCACUGCUUAUUUCAAUCAAACUGAAAGAAGCCAUUGUGUAAUUUUUUUUUAAAUUAAGAUUUUGUGUCCAUUAUUAUUUCAUUUUGUAUUGUUACUUGCCAUCAUCACAUUGCGUUAUCUACACGUAGAGUUAAUGAAUGUGUCAAUAUAAUGAUCUGUGUGUGUCUUCCAUGUGAUGGAUUGUAAGAUGGAAUGUUGAAGGCUGAAGAUCCGGUCAGGUUUUCUGUCCUCGCUCUGCUCCCGUCCUCUCCUCAUGUCCCUCCCACAUCUUGUUUUGCUUGUGCUAUUAAUACUCUGUAUGUUUUCCUUUUCUUCCCUUAAAAAAAAAAGAAAAAGAAAAAGCAAUGAGCCACCUAUUUAUUUGAUCUCAAACAUGGGUCUGAAGACCACUCUUCUGUUAGUGACUACAUGUGAGCGCGUGUGUCCGACUGUGACUGUCGUCAUCCUUUUUCCUUUCAAAGAAAAACGGGAUGUUUCAAAGUUGAGGAAUGUGUUUUGUUUUUGUUUUCCUUUAAUAAGUACAUAGUUUUAAUGCCUGUACAGGAAGGAAGUGAAUGUAGGAUUUGGUAUAAUGAAGUAUAAUGAAGCACUUGACCAACCGCAGUUAAAGCAUUUAUCGUGGCUUGUCUGAAAUCAGGCUUUUAAAAGUGAUGGUCGUCAUUUACACACACAUUAUCAGGAGUAUCGAUGUGGAAGGGGAGAGUACAGAGGAAACUACUGUAAAGAUGAUAUUGUUAAUUUUUUAUGAUUAUGAUUAUUAUUAUUAUUAUUAUUAUUAUUAUUAAUAAUAAUUUGAACUCUGAAGUGUAAAGUAACUUUUUGACUCUUCACUAUAUUUAAUUAAAGUUCUUUCUUCUCUGUGGAACAGUGUCUUCUCUCUCUGUUACUCAUCACGAGUUGUUUCCAAUAAAACUAGAAAUGCGUAUCACCAAACAUGAUGUGCAUGUGUGUGUGUGUGUGUUGCCUACAAUGGAAACACCUUUGUCAAAACUUUGGAAUUCUCUCUUGUAUUUUGUGGAAAACUCUAAUGGAAACACAACUACUGUC